AAACUAUUCUGAAUUUCAAGCUGCUGUUCUUUACAGUCACGGACUAGGAAACUUCCAGAGAAGGGCAUCAAAUUUGUAGGAUCAUUGUCUGGAUGGACUGCCACUCUUCUUUUCAUGUGGAUGCCAGUUUCACAAAUGUGGACAAACCUUCUAAAUCCAGAUAAUAUCAAAGGUUUAUCAGCUCUUUCAAUGUUGCUUGCGAUGAUUGGGAAUGGACUCAUGAUUCCACGAGCACUCUUUACUCGGGAUUUGAUGUGGUUCACUGGUUCAACUUGGGCAUGUGUUUUUUAUGGAUGGGGAAACCUUGUCUGCUUAUACCUCUGCAAAGUUAUAAGCAGGGAAUUUUUCUUGGCUUCAACGGUUGGCUUUGUAGCAUGGCUAGUGUUCAGCUUCUGGAGAGACACACAAGUAUAUGGUUAUAGUUCUCCAUUGAAAUCAUUGAAGGAAUUGAUUUCUGGUUCAUAACUGACAUUAAAUCAUUGAAGGAAUUGCUAUAAGUUUGACAUGGAAAAAUGCUCAAGCUUGGCAUUUCUGCUAAAUCAAGUGGUCAUAAUUGACAAGAAAUCACUCCAUGUUAAUCCUUUUCUUUAGAAAAUUUGGUGAAAGUGCUUCUGGCAAAUCUCUUGGGGUAUCAGGCAAGGUCUAGUUCUUGUAAUGUCAAAUUGUUCUGCAUAUGGUAGUGAGGAAGGUUCUUGUGGUUUUCACAUGUAAUGUCAAUUAAUAAUAAAGCUACAAAUGCAAUGUAGAGCAAGUAUAUUUGUUGUAUUUCAUUUUGGGACCAUCUUAAUGAAUUGAAAAUUAGCCAUGCAAUUUUUGAAGAAA